GCAGCAUCGGCGCCGACGCACCCUCAUCGUCGCGGCCGACGCGGCGGAGGAUCUCGGGACCGGUGCGGGCUCGGUGCGCGGCGGCGCGGCGGCGAGAGGGACCACCAUGACACUGCGACGCCCGGGGACGCCCGAGAUGAGCUGCCCUCUGCUGACAGAGACCGCCCGGCUGUGGCACUGUCCUCUGGUGCCGGCAGAGUCGUACCCCGUCAGUCGUCUGGCAGGCCGGCUGGACAGCUCGCUCGACUUCAGCGCCGGCCGGGCCCGCUAUUCCUCCCACAGCGGAGACGAGGAGCAGGCGCUAGACCUGAGAGUACGGAGGAGGGCCGACAGCCUGGACCGGUCACCGUCGCCGACAGAGUCAGAGUCGACCACCGUCUCCCCCGGCCGGUCCCCGCUCGGUGGCAGCCACACCGCUUACAGGCGGCAGUCCACAGGUCUGGGCUCGCCGGCCGGCUCAAUGGCCGGCUCACCGGUUAGCUCACUGUUUGGCUCACCACCGAGCGUGACCGGCACCCCGAGCUCACCCCCAGCUCUGAGCUACAUGUACUACAGUCCGGUGGCAAGCGGGUCAGUGUGCAGCUCACCGCCGCAGUUUGGCUCAGUAUGCGGCUCCCCGCCCUCUCCCGGCUCUCCGGAGAGGGCUGCCCGGGGAAGGCAGACAUCCGUGAUCAGACGAUUGGUGCUGGAUCGACCAACGACUGGCUCCGAGCCGCCUCAGUCGACAGAAACGCCUGUUCAGCAGGACUACCAGCAGCAGCCGCAGCAGCACCAGCCACAGAAACAAGAGCAGCAGCAGCCUCAGCAGCAACCUCAGCCUCAGCAGCAUCCGCAGCAGCAGCCUCAGCAGCCGCAGCCGCAACAUCCGUGCGACCAGUGCGGCAGAAAGUACAGCACGGCAUCCAACCUGGCCAGACACAGACAGCUGCAUUGCCUGCCCUCCGAUAAAAAGGCUCGCAAAUGUCCCGAAUGCGACAAGGUCUACGUCUCGAUGCCGGCCUACUCGAUGCACGUGCGCACGCACUCGCAGGGCUGCCGGUGUCCGUACUGUGGUAAGGCGUUCUCGCGGCCGUGGCUGCUGCAGGGCCACGUGCGCACGCACACUGGAGAGCGGCCGUUCCGCUGCUCCGUCUGCGCCAAAGCGUUCGCCGACAAAUCCAACCUGCGAGCGCACGUGCAGACCCACUCUAACGUGAAGCCGCACGUGUGCCAGCGGUGUGGGAAGGCGUUCGCGCUCAAGAGCUAUCUGUACAAACAUGAGGAGUCCAGCUGCAUGAAGGAACGAAGGAACAGUCGCGGAGGAAAGGAGGCCUCGCCGAAGGUCAAGGCCGAAAUGCAGGGUGUUCUUUGAAGGGUUGAAAUCGCCGCCAGACUUUUGUAUAUAUUUUUGUACUAUUUUUAUCGGUCGUAAGAUGCAACUGCGCUGUGGACAUGCCUGUGCUCUUGGCCGUGAGAACAUUUGUCGGUAUAAUAAUCGCCAACAAUGCCGGUCGGCAGUGACGCUGCUGCAAUGAGACAGGUGACUUGUAAGGAAAACACUUCCUUGUCUUUUCGAAAUAUGAAGAGGAAAACUAACGUCGUUUCCAUAAGCAGGCAAAAAAGCAUCUGUAAAGCAACAUUUGCUGGAGCUUAAUUUUCAAUAAAAGAACCUUAUCUAUUCCAGGAAAGCUUCUGAUUACAACACUUUCAAAGCCGUUUAAAAGCAGUUGCUGUGAUUGGCAUUUGUUGGCGAUUAUAAGACAACAAGUAUUUUUGUAAGAAAGUAAACAACAUAUUUUCUUACGAGCAUUUACCCCUUUUGUGUGUACCGCCAACAUUGUAGUGUCUGUACUGGCUGUGCUCAAACCCAAGAGAUACUCAGAUUGCUCAUUCUACUGCAGUAUAUUUCACUACUAAUGCCAAUUUCUUGACAUUAGUUAUGACUACCAACAGUACAGCUGUGUGACCACAUCAUCGUGGCUAACAAAAAGACAUUUUUAAGUAAGUUCAUCUUGUAAAUGUGGGGGAGAGCGGGGUCAAAUGUAACACGGGGCAAUUGUAACAGUGUUAAUAAUUCAUAAACUUACCAAUAGAAUGAGCUGAUGUUCAGACCGAAAAUGCGUAAUUCUAUACUGCCUUUCCCAACGGAGUUUGAAGCGAAAGUGCCGGGUAUGUCGAUGGCUGUGCACAGUAAUGUGUUUUUGAGAGCAUUUUGUAGAUUUUUAUGCCGUUAUAUUUGAUAAGCUCAUUCCCGCCAUUGAAAAGAUAUCGACUUCAGACUUUGUGUAAGCGUUGGCAGGCUUGUUGUCGAUAAAUUGAAAGCAUUAAAUGCUGCCUACAUGCAACAUCUUUUUGCGCCAGUUUCGUCUAAAAUAUGUCAAGGCGCGACGGGGACAAUUGUAACAUUUUUGCAGGGGUCAAAUGUAACAGGUUAUAGGUCAGUGGCCAUUAUGUCAAAGUCGUCAAAUUUUCAAGGGAGAUGAAACAUUGCUGGAAUUAAGAGAACUGUGAGUUUUGUCGCAAUCGGCAGCUUUUUACGCGAUUUAUUUGCGAAAAACCAAGGGAGAGGAGGUCCAUCCAACCCCUGUAUAAGUGCGAGGUUUUAUUGCCUUCUUCCUGAGAAGAACCGUCCCUACCAAGUCUGGGAAGAGAAACAAGUGUUCAAUACUUUUGUUAAAUCAAAGUUUUGGAAAAAAUUGUGUUGCUGUAGCCUGUAAAUGAACAUGUUACAAUUGUCCCCGGAUGGUGUUACUUUUGACCCCGUAUCUGGGGCGAAUUGUAACAGCUGAAUUGACU